UGGUCAUGAAUUCAUUCUCUGUGCUUUUAAAAUGGUGCAAUGGACAUCAUGGACCGGAGUUGCCUUUGCGCAGAAUCGUGCCGAGGCGAUUUGGGACAACGUGCAGAAGAACAAUCUCUGGAAGCGUAUGAUCAAAAAUGUCACAGCUACAAUGAUUGCAGUGAUAAUAUGCCUUAUACCAAAUAUUCCGCAGGUCUAUGGUCGAGCUGCCUACUUAGCGCCGAUGACAACGGUUUUUGGCCACCCAGGUAGACGACUUGGGCAGAUGGUAGAGGCUUUGAUUUUCGUUGCUGCUGGAGCGCUUUUGGGGAUUGCAUGGGCGACUUUGGGGGUCUAUCUAGGCUCCCUUGUCAUCACACAGAAUCCACCGGCUGGCUAUGCAAUCCGUGCAAUUUUCCUCUUGGUUGCCGUGCUUGCCCAUGGUUUUCUUCGCUCGCAUACACCUCGCCUUUUUCUUUUUGUCUUGCUUUUGAUCAUAACAUCCGUCAUUAGUCUUACAUCUCCAGCCACCCAUGUCACCGCAGCUGGUGUGACCCAGCUUGUGUAUCCUGUCUUUACUGCUAUGGCCAUUCUACUGCUCGUCAACCUUUGCAUAUUUCCAGAGUUCAGUUCCGGGUAUCUGGGAAGGACCACAAUUGAGACGCUAGAUGACGCUGCGCGGACAAUUAAAGAUACAGGGGCAUAUUUUGGCCACGUUUCACAAGGUCCUAAGAGCUCUGGUAUUCCGACCAAAAAGGAGAAGUUGGCCAAGCCUCUAAAGGAGCCAUCAAAACCCGAGCAAGCUACGCCAGCCAACUGGUGGGAGAAGAUUAUUAUGUCAAUUCGAAGAAAUCGUUCGCAUGCGCCGGAAAGAGCUACUGCUACCGCAGAAAAGCAGAUUAAUUUGAAAGAUUUGACGGCGGCAAAACCAAAACUCCGGUCAAAACUGGCUGGCUGCAAGGCUACACAGCUUGAAUGCAAUUACGAACUAGCAUAUUCCCACCUACCACCCAGGAAAUUAAAAUUCAUCAGCGACGAAUCUAUGAAGAAAUUGAUUGCAAACACCAUUGCUCUUAUUGGAGCUUGCGAAAGCAAAUUUGCUAUGAUGGAUGAAGAGACGGGCGAGGUAUCCAAGACACCCAAGCCUGACGAGAACAGUAAAGUCCCUGAGGAGGAUGAGGAUACUGUCGAGGAGAAGGCCAAUGCAGUAGAUGAGUCUCAAUCCGAGGAUCAUCUCAGUGGCACGAAACAGAAAGCUAAAAAGACGAAUAAAUUGUCGCGGAAGCAGAGACGGAAGGAAAAAGAAAAGUACAUGCUAGAGCUUGUCAAACCUCGUCGCGAAAUUGAAUUUGCCGAUAUUAAGUUGUUUAGAUACCUGAUGAGGCGGGUGUCAAGGCCGAUUGGGGACCUUCAGCAGGCUCUUGACGGAAGUGUACAAGUCGUGAUCACUUGUAUUGCCUACGUUUAUGAUGUGCCUAGGCUCCCUUCCGGGGCUAAGACGCCAAGCGGAAUUGUUAUACCUGAGCUCGACGUCUAUGUCGAUAAUCUGAUUCAAGCAUUAAACCGAUUUGAUAAGAACUCAAGGACGGGCUUGGAAAGCGUUACAAUCCUGCCAGGCUUUGAAGAAAUCGAGAUGGAUGUUAUGCCCAGAGAAGAGAUCUUCCUGGUGUCGUCUUUCCUUUUAAAUCUUAGGCAAGCUGCGGCACACGUUCUGGAAAUGUUGAGACAUUGCCGCUCACUUGUAGAGGAGAGGGACUCGUCUCAUCAUUAUAAGCGGCUCUAUGCUCCCCACAUUCAGUGGCAAAAGUGGCUAUAUAGCGGCGGAGAAAAUUACGAAGAUGCUUCAACUGCCAAGGAGCAAGCUGGCCGAAAAGGGGCGAAAGAUGACGGAGCGGAUGAUGACGACCAGGACGGGGAUAUACCCAAGUCAACGACCCACAAAACCGACCGAAAUAUUUCCCGUGGCUCUCAGAAUGAGGACCUAGAAUACGGACAAUUGAAUGAUAUAGAUGGGUUCUCGAGAAGGUCUGAAGCGCGUAAAGUUGAUUCAAUUCUGGACUUCAAGCUUCGUAGCCAGGACAGGCCACGUAUUUUGUCAAUGAGGGAAAAGGUUGCCGACUUUCUCGAGUCUACACAAAAUUCCGAUGAUUUUGCAUACGCUUUUAAAUUAGCGGUAGCGGUAUUCUUGGUAACGUGGCCCGCGUUCGUCCCUAGCAUGAAUCAAUGGUUUUAUCUCAACCGCGGUCUUUGGGCAUCCCUGCAGCUUAUUUUUGUUGCAGAAGUUGCUAUAGGUGCCUCUGUUUGGACAUUUAUCCUCCGGAGCGUCGGGACAACUCUUGGGUGUAUCUGGGGAUAUGCCGCCUACGAAGCUCGUGGCGGGAACAGAAUUGUCUGCGCCGCAAUGAUAUUUAUUGGGCUUAUUCCUUCAGCGUACGUACAGCUAGGGACGCAAUAUAUGAGAGCUGGAAUGGUGUGUAUUGUUAGCAUGGCUGUCGUGGCUCUUUCCACAGAAUUGAAAACGGUACCAGGGACUGCGACGGAUAAUUUCCUCAAGAGAUGGAUUGCAUUCCUCAUAGGUGGUAUGGUCGCUCUUAUUGUGGAAGUUGUUUUAUUUCCCGCAAAGGCUCGUACAAGAAUGGUGGAAUAUCUUGCCUCAGCAAUAUCGAAUAUUACGGAAAUGGAGGGUUGUAUCGCAUAUGGGAUCGAAAGUAGGGCGAAUGUCAAUGUUUUCUCACCAAUUAUGCAGAAGCGGUUUGAAAAAGCUAGCGGAAGGGCAAAGAGCGCACUAAGGGCUGCAGAGGGCUUCUUGCCCUUUUGUAGCCAAGAGCCAAGAUUAAAAGGAUCGUUUGAAGCUCUUGCUCUCGUGUAUCGUGAGAUCAUCUUUGUGCUACAUCAAAUAGUUGAUCGAAUGGACAACAUGUUGCAACUACGAACAGCUUACGGCUCAGGAGUACUAGAGAAUUUCAAUAGUCAAAUCUAUGCCUAUCGCCGCAAUCUUGCCGCCUCCAUCAACAUUAUUUUGUUUGCAGUCUAUGAAGCACUUACAACCAAGUUACCUCUUCCUCAGUUCUUGCCAUCGGCAAGACUUGCGCAACUUCGGAUGAUCAAUAGGGUCCGCGAGGUCGUGACCUCUGCCAAGGACGAAGGUAACCCGAAGCAAAACCAGCCGUUGACGACUGAUAUUGCGCGACGUCGUGCCGUACGGCAAAAGUUCCUCUCAUGGAAUGCUGGCUCGGCUGCACAAGCUGAAGUGGUUGAAUAUUUAGAAGAACUCAUUGACCUGUCAAAACUCCUGGUUGGAGCAAAUGAGUUUCGGAGUGGCAUGCUCCUUCGGCCUACCUACCGCGAAUAUAUCGACAAGAGCGGCAAAGAAAGCCAGACUGCUACUGUUGUGCACGACAAUGACGUUUCUACCCGGAGAGCCGCGACCGGACUCACUCAAAGAAAAGGUCGGAGGGGCAGCGUCAAGUCAGACAUAUCGGCCGAAGACGAUGUUCCUACGACGCUGAAAAGGAUUCAAUCCAGAAGAAGCGAUGCUAGGCUUGAACGGAAAAAGACCAAUGAAAGCGCGGAGAAGCUGUAAAUUACGAAAGGAAAUGUAAUUAGAAAUGAAGAUCUUGAUAAACAAGUAAAUAGAUAACUUUGUCAGAGGGCUUUGCUUCCCUGUCUACCUACGGUGUAGAUUAGCAUUAGUUAAAGAGCGGCAAAACUGGCGCGGGG